UGGGAUCACUCUAUAUCCGCCAUUGAAGCCCCAUUCAAACCUUCUGAAACGCCAUGAUUCGGAGUCAUCUCUUGAGGAAUUCGCUUACUUUGAGCUUCUUCAAUAGGGGAUUGUCUUCCCAUGCUGGAAGGCUUGAAGGCAAGAUUGCGCUGAUUACAGGCGCAGCCAGCGGCAUUGGGAAGGCAACGGCAUCCAAAUUCAUAAGCAAUGGAGCCAAAGUUGUGUUGGCGGAUGUCGAGGAAGAGCUUGGCCAAGCGACGGCCAAGCAGCUCGGCCCCAACGCUACCUUCAUCCCUUGUGAUGUCAGCAACGAGGCCAAUGUCUCUGAUGCCGUAGAUUUCGCCCUCUCUCUUCACAAAAGGCUUGACAUAAUGUACAACAAUGCUGGGAUUGCUUGCAACACUCCUCCAAGCAUUUUGGACCUCGACCUUGCCGUAUUCGAUAAAGUUAUGAACAUUAAUGUCCGAGGUGUUCUAGCUGGUAUCAAGCACGCCUCUCGUGUUAUGAUCCCUCAACAAUCAGGGUCGAUUUUAUGCACGGCUAGUGUCACGGGAGUGAUGGGUGGGUUAGCUCAACAUACGUAUUCUGUGUCGAAGGUCGCUGUUAUCGGUAUUGUCAAGUCCAUGGCAUCGGAGUUGUGCAAAUAUGGUAUUCGAGUGAAUUGCAUAUCACCAUUUCCAAUCCCGACGCCAUUUGUUAUCAACGAAAUGUGUCGCCUUUUUCCUGGAACUGAGAAGGAGAAACUUGAGAAGAUGAUAUUUGAUUUGAGUGCUUUGGAAGGGGCAGUUUGUGAGACCAAUGAUAUAGCCAAUGCUGCACUUUAUCUUGCAUCUGAUGAUGCAAAGUAUGUAAGUGGGCACAAUUUGGUGGUUGAUGGCGGCUUUACCUGUUUCAAGAGGUUAAACUUUCCUCUCCCUGAUCAGAAUCCAACAUGAUUCUUUAUAUCCUGUUGUUUUUGCUCAUUUAUAUUAGAAGAAAGAGGUCAAAUUACACAGAUAAUUAUGUUACAGCCUUGAAACGAUUGUUCUAAGACCUUCAAAGUUGUUCCGAAAAA